AUGGAACAAAUUAGAACAAGCUAUGAAUUCGUUGAUAUGGUGUACAAUAGCAGUGAAGAGAACAUAGGAAAAGACUUCAGUGAAGAAGAAAAGAGAAAGGAGAAGAUGAUGUUCGGAAAAAGAGGAUUUUUUGGAAGGUCUCCAGUCAGGGGUCGGGACCUUACCAAAAAGGAUCUUCCAAGGGAAGCAACCUUACAAAGGAGCUUCUCACUUGGAGAGAAAAGACCUGCGGAGAAGGUGGAGAGCUUUGACAUAACGCCUAUGGUAAGAGAAAUGGAGAAAUUUACCAGCGUUACAAAUAAUUUAUUGAAACUAAUGUCCGACCAUAUAAACACGAAGGUUGUGAUUAAAAAUGAAAUAAAAAAACUUAAGACAAUCACAUAUAGAUCAGGACAAGUGGAGUACUUCCAACUUAAUACUAUAACCACAAUUACAAGGAAGGGCCAGGAGGAGGAGAACCGAGGAAGCCGUCAGACCAUUUUUAUGGUCCCUGUGGAAAAAGGGGAGACGGAAAUGGACGGGGACAAGAGACUACUGGCAAUUCUGUCUAAAUUGAGGGAAGACAUAGAAAUUGUAGGGACCAAAGAGGCAUCCCUAAAAGUAGUGGGCGGCGACAGAGGUAAAAACCUCAGGAAGCUCCUUGAAGUCACCUUUAGAGGUAUGAACCCCCAACUCGUGUUGGAGUAUUAUAAACAAGAAAAAAUUAGGGCGGGAACGCAGAAGGUUAUCGUGAAAGGAGGUGGAAAAUCUUAUGCCGAGUUGCUGAAACAAAUCAAGGGUAGCGUAGACACGAAGGAGGGGAUUAGUGUCAAAAGCGCUAAAAAGACCAGAGGCGGAGAUCUCAUCCUUGAAGUAGCAGGGAAAUAA